GUCGAGAUUCCGUUUCCGGUUCCGCUCCUUCGCGUUCUCUCCCGACAGUCAGAGUCAGAAUCGCACCGGGAGUAAGCCGGAGACAGUGACGACAUGGGAGUGAAGAACUUGUGGGAUAUCUUGGAAUCAUGCAAGAAGACUCUCCCGCUUCACCAUCUUCAGAACAAGAGGUUGUGUAUAGAUCUCUCAUGUUGGAUGGUGCAACUUCAGAACGUGAGCAAGUCCCACAAUUGUAUGCGGGAGAAGGUUUACCUCAAAGGCCUCUUUCACCGCCUUCGAACUCUCAUUGCCCUCAACUGCAGCCUUAUCUUUGUCACUGAUGGAGCAAUUCCGGCCAUCAAGCUAUCUACUUAUCGGCGGCGAUUGAAUUCGGGAAAUGAGGUUUAUCGAGAUGACAAGAAUUUGCAGAAUGCAUCUUCACUGCGUAGAAACACGGGCUCCGUGUUUUCUUGCAUGAUCAAAGAGGCGAAAAUGUUGGGCCUGGCGCUCGGGAUCCCUUGCUUAGACGGGAUAGAAGAGGCUGAAGCCCAGUGUGCUCUAUUAAAUUCAGAAUCGCUUUGUGAUGGCUGUUUUACAUUGGAUUCGGACAUAUUCCUGUUCGGUGCGAAGACAGUUUAUAGGGACAUUUGCCUUGGGGAUGGUGGUUAUGUUGUUUGCUAUGAAAUGGCAGACAUAGAGAGGCAGCUUGGGUUUGGGAGGAACUCAUUGAUUGCCCUGGCGUUGCUUCUUGGGAGCGACUACUCUCACGGAGUUCAUGGAUUUGGUCAGGAGUCCGCAUGUCAGAUUGUAAAAUCAGCGGGUGAUGACUUAGUACUUCAAAGGAUCACACAUGGGGGCUUGCCCUUUCUAAAGAAGACAAAAGGGUCAAAGAAACAGGGGAGGCCACCGAAGCCCAAUGACAAGGAAAACUUGCUUGAUAACGAGUUACCCAUUAGUGGUGGUGACCAUAAAUUCGAAGAGGAUAAACAAUUCUUGCCAGUAAUUGAUGCAUAUACGAAGCCAAAGUGUCACUUGGCAGAUUCAGAUGCUGUUCAUAGGGUUCUUGCUCAACACCGAUUUGACCGGGCCAAACUUCAUCAGAUAUGUGCACAGUUUUUUGAGUGGCCUCCAGAAAAAACAGAUGAAUACGUCCUUCCGAAGAUUGCUGAAAGGGAUCUGCGGAGAUACGCCUAUCUGCGAUCAAAAUCAUCAGCGCUCGGACUUGAGCUUCCAAUACACCAGAUUCCAGUAAAGUGCCCAGUGUCGAGAAUCAUCAAGCCUAGAAAAGUUCAGGGAAGAGAGUGCUUUGAAGUUUCGUGGGAAGGCCUCGAAGGACUAGAAAUGACUGUAGUGCCUGCAGAUCUCCUAGAGAGUGGUUGUCCCGAAAAGAUACGUGAGUUUGAGGAAAGUGUUGCUCAACGAAAGAAACAGCGAAAUCCAAAAACUAGACAGAGAAAACCAAAGAGCGGACAAUCAGUGGCUGAAAUUGAUCUUAAGCUUCAAAAUCUGUUGCUCGAUAAUGACUUGGAAGGGAAUACCAAUACAAAUCCUAGUCCUCCCCCUCCAAGAGCCAUGCCAGUGCUGGAGAGCAGAAGUUUCCCGAUAGAAAUAGAUCUAUCAGGUGCUACUUCAUCAGGCUUUCCAGCGGUACCUAGUACUUCUGGUUUCGAGGUCAUCGAUCUUUUGAGUCCAUCUCCAGCAAUUUGCACCCGACCUGUUUCUAAGUGUAGAGAAGUUAGACAUCAUCAGAUUGAUGUUAUUGAUCUGAGUGAGUCAGACAAUGAUGCUUCUCCCGAGCAUACGAGGAAGGCAAGAGAGUUGAGAUUAUUUAUCGCAGGCAUUAGGGAUGAUGUCGAUUGAGAGAAUUGCAUGUACUGAUAGAGAAAUUGAUUUGUAUGUAUGUCGUGAUUUCUCAUUUAUGUGUUGAGUAUCUUCUUUUCGUUCUUAA